AUGGCCGCUAAUAAUGAUGAUGUUAGCGGUCAAUUAGCUCUUGAAUUCAGCCAAACAAGCUUAAAUUAUAAGAUACAGGAAGCCGUUCAGGAAUAUUUGGUCAAACCUCAAGUUACCUCUUCAAACGUUUUCAAAUCUUUACAACAUUAUCUUACAGAUUUAGGUUGGAAAAAUGCUAUAGGUAAUCAAGUCUACACUCGUCUGAAUAGAUAUACAGAUUCGUCCUUCGGCGUAAGUGAAUCUAGUACUUAUAAAGAAAAACUUACUUAUAUUCGUAAAGCACAGGAAAACUGGGAGAAGAAAAUUGCAAAAUCUUUUAAUACAAUGUGUAAGCAGCAAAGUUUAGAACUUGUUAAAAAGAUUCAGCACGAAUUGGAUCUGUGUUAUAAUUCUAAUGUUGAUCGCUACCAAAAUAUUUUGAUACAGCGCAGUAAAAGCGAUGAAUGGCAAAUUCGGGCCGAUCUUGAUUCCUUAGGAAAAUUUGAUAACAGUUCAGUAUCUAUGUUAGAUCUUAACGAUUCUUGCGGAUAUCAUAUGCAUGAAUUUGGAAACCUUCAAUUUAUUUAUUCAGUAAAAGACUUUUACGAGAUAGUAACAUCUGUUAGAAAUCCUGCUAUCGAGGACAAUCUAUCAUUCUUUAAUAGCCACUGGGGUGUAAUGAACUUACACUUUAAAGUUAAAGAACUUGAAGAUUUUAAAAAGCAAUUUAAAGAUCUUUCAACCAACGUUUAUCAUUCAUCGAUUAAGGAUCGCAAAUAUCAAAAUAAGACCGCUCGACUAGAAGAGGAAAGGCUAAAGUUGGGUAAAAAAGUCGUAGAAAAAAAUCAUGCACCACUCUCGCGAGAAUUUUCGAAACGUGGAUGCCCAAGAUCUUUACGAGGUCAGCUAUGGAAGCAAAUGCUUGGUGUAUCCUUAGAAGAAGUGGAUCUUUAUUACUAUGAACAACUAGUAAAGCACGUCUGCAGUUACGAUAUGUUAGUAGAUAAAUUAAUAAGAAAGGACAUUAGGUUAACAUCAGCUAAUGACAGUCAUUACUUUCCAUUUGAAGACUUAUUUUAUCAGGCAAUGUUAGCUUUUACUCGUGAUACUGCAGUAUUGAAACACUUUAAUAAUUCAAGUGCCACGCCAUCAAAAGCUUAUCAUAAAGGCAAGUCUGAAAGUCCAGAAAACCUAAUCAUUUAUCCACCAAACGUAGCUCCAAUCUGCUAUUUAUUUGAAGAUUGCGAAAGUAUAUACUUUGUCCUACGUGAAUUAUAUACCAGGUUUUUCUUUCGUCUCCAUACACUAUCAUCACAUCCGCAGGGGAUUCUGAAUUUAUGUGUUACCUUUGAAAGUUUGUUGCAAUCUCACUACCCACGUUUAUUCUAUCACUUGCGAGAGAUAAAAGCCCAACCCCUAAAAAUUGCCUUUAAGUGGAUGAUGUUUGCGUUCUCAGGCUAUCUUUCACCAGAAGAUGUUUUACUUUUAUGGGAUAAAAUUAUUGCAUACUAUUCUUUGGAAGUCCUCUCCGUACUAGCAGUAGCAAUUUUUGCUUUCCGAAAAGACAACUUAAUGCAAGCACAAACACUAGAAAAUGUAGAGCGGAUUAUGGCCGAUAUUUCUCAAAUACAAAUUAUUCCACUACUGCAAUCAUACCUUUUCAUGGGUAAUUUAUAG